UUUGCGAACGGACAAAAUUGGUUUUGCGUGUCCGAAAGGCGCAGACUAAGUUAUGUAUGUAAUAAUGCGAAACCACAGGGUACUUUGGGGAUAAAGAUGUCUUAAUUAAUCGUUUUUUAUUACAUACUUGAAAGUUUAUGAUGUUAAGUAAUUUAAUUCAGACCAAAUCCCAGAGAAGGUGGAAGAGAGGAGGGAAGCACGAAAAGGAAAAAAAGAAAAAGCAAGGAAAAAUAAAAGAGACACAAAAUAACACUCAAAAAAUAUUCGGGGGGAAAUUUUUCCAGAAACGCGUUUAGAUUUACACCUCCUUCUUGUUUUUCUCUUCUUCUUUUGCUCGUCUUCUUCACCAAAUCUCAGUUUCUUCACGUUCUUCGCUCGGAGGUGUUUUGUUUUUUUUUUUGUUAGAUUUCAGAAGCUCACUGCUCGUUUGAUUCAAUCUAGAUCCAGAUUCUGUAUCUGAGGACUCUGAUCUACGAAAACGAAAUGGCUGGUAACUUCAAUCCUACAGUUGGGUCGUGUGUUUGGGUGGAAGACCGUGAUGAAGCAUGGGUCGAUGGUGAAGUUGUAGAGGUUAAUGGUGAAGACAUCAAAGUCCUAUGCACUUCAGGGAAACAUGUUGUUACAAAAGCCUCUAGUGUUUAUCCAAAAGAUACGGAAGCGCCAGCAUCUGGAGUGGACGAUAUGACAAGGCUUGCUUAUUUGCACGAACCUGGAGUUUUACAGAAUUUGCAUUCAAGAUAUGAUAUAAAUGAGAUUUAUACAUAUACAGGAAGCAUACUGAUUGCUGUCAAUCCCUUUAGAAGACUUCCCCAUCUUUAUAGUAGCCACAUGAUGGCUCAGUAUAAAGGAGCUGCCUUAGGGGAGCUGAGUCCACAUCCAUUCGCCGUCGCAGAUGCUGCAUAUAGACAGAUGAUUAAUGAUGGUGUAAGUCAAUCUAUUCUGGUUAGUGGAGAAAGUGGCGCUGGUAAAACUGAAAGCACGAAGCUGCUUAUGAGAUAUCUUGCUUACAUGGGAGGGAGAGCUGCUGCUGAGGGAAGAAGUGUUGAACAGAAAGUGUUAGAGGAUGUGCAGAGAUUCAAGCUGGGUGAACCAAAGACAUACCACUAUCUCAAUCAAUCUAAAUGUCUAGAGUUGGAUAGUAUAAAUGAUGCAGAGGAAUAUCAUGCCACAAGACGGGCUAUGGAUGUUGUCGGGAUCAGUACCGAGGAACAGGAUGCGAUUUUCAGCGUUGUGGCUGCCAUUCUCCAUCUCGGGAAUGUCGAAUUUGGUAAAGGGGAAGAGAUUGAUUCAUCGAUUCCCAAAGAUGAAAAAUCCUUGUUUCAUCUGAAAACUGCAGCUGAGCUUCUCAGCUGCGAUGAAAAGGCACUUGAGGAUUCGUUGUGCAAGCGUAUCAUGGUAACUCGUGAUGAAACCAUCACAAAAACUCUUGAUCCAGAAGCUGCUACUCUUAGUAGAGAUGCUUUGGCUAAAGUCAUGUACUCAAGAUUGUUUGACUGGCUUGUUGACAAGAUUAAUAGCUCAAUUGGUCAAGAUCCUGACUCGAAGUACUUGAUUGGUGUUCUUGAUAUUUAUGGAUUCGAGAGUUUCAAGACAAACAGUUUUGAGCAAUUUUGUAUCAAUUUAACCAAUGAAAAACUUCAACAGCAUUUUAAUCAGCAUGUCUUCAAAAUGGAGCAAGAGGAGUAUAAGAAGGAGGAGAUCAACUGGAGCUAUAUAGAGUUCGUAGACAAUCAAGAUAUUUUAGACCUAAUAGAAAAGAAACCUGGAGGUAUUAUUGCUCUGCUAGAUGAAGCUUGCAUGUUUCCAAGGUCAACGCAUGAGACUUUUGCACAGAAGCUAUACCAGACAUUCAAAAACCACAAGCGCUUUACCAAGCCAAAACUAGCUCGUAGCGACUUCACAAUUUGCCAUUAUGCUGGUGAUGUCACUUAUCAGACAGAACUUUUCCUGGACAAGAACAAAGAUUACGUUAUUGCUGAGCAUCAGGCAUUGUUAAAUUCUUCUAGUGAUUCCUUUGUAGCAAGUUUGUUCCCACCAAUGGCUGAUGAUUCCAAGCAAUCAAAAUUCUCGUCUAUAGGUACUCGUUUCAAGCAACAAUUGGUAUCGUUACUCGAGAUUCUCAAUACCACGGAGCCACACUAUAUACGCUGUAUCAAACCAAAUAACCUUCUCAAGCCUGGAAUCUUUGAGAACGAAAACAUUUUACAACAACUACGUUGUGGGGGAGUGAUGGAGGCAAUCAGGAUUAGUUGUGCUGGUUAUCCUACUAGGAAACAUUUCGAUGAGUUCUUGGACAGAUUUGGUAUUCUUGCUCCAGAAGUGUUAAUAAAGAACUCUGAUGAUCCUGCUGCUUGCAAGAAGCUUCUUGCGAAAGUGGGACUCGAAGGUUAUCAGAUUGGUAAGACAAAGGUUUUUCUGAGGGCUGGACAAAUGGCAGACUUGGAUACGCGUAGGACCGAGGUCUUGGGAAGAUCAGCGAGCAUUAUCGAGAGAAAAGUUCGGUCAUAUCUUGCGAAAAAGAGUUUCAUCCUUCUGCGUAAUUCUGCUAGGCAGAUUCAGUCAGUUUGCAGAGGUUAUCUCGCUAGAAUUGUAUAUGAAGGCAUGCGCAGGGAAGCUGCUGCUUUGAAGAUCCAGAGAGACUUGCGUAUGUUUCUGGCUAGGAAGGCUUACACAGAGCUAUUCUCUGCUGCCGUGUCGGUCCAAGCUGGUAUGCGUGGUAUGGUUGCUCGUAACGAACUAUGUUUGAGAAGGCAGACGAAAGCGGCAAUAAUAAUUCAGACGCGGUGCCGUGGAUACUUGGCCCGACUGCAUUACAGAAAACUAAAGAAAGCAACUAUCACGACACAAUGUGCAUGGAGAUCGAAAAUUGCUCGUGGAGAACUUCGGAAGCUUAAGAUGGCUGCUCGAGAAACUGGAGCACUUCAAGCAGCCAAGAACAAGCUAGAGAAGCAAGUUGAAGAGCUGACCUGGAGAUUACAGUUAGAAAAACGGAUAAGGACUGACUUGGAAGAGGCCAAGAAACAAGAAAGUGCAAAAGCGCAGUCUUCUUUGGAGGAACUGCAACUUAAGUGCAAAGAAACCGAGGCGUUGCUUAUUCAAGAGCGUGAAGCUGCCAAGAAAGUUGCCGAGAUUGCCCCUAUUAUUAAAGAGGUUCCUGUGGUUGAUCAGGAGUUAAUGGAGAGGAUCACAAACGAAAAUGAAAAGCUGAAGGGGAUGGUGAGUUCACUGGAAUUGAGAAUCGGUGAGACAGAGCAAAAACUUCAAGAGACAACCAAGAUUAGCCAAGAUAGACUAAAGCAAGCAUUGGAGGCUGAAUCUAAACUAGUGAAGCUGAAGACUGCAAUGCAAAGGCUUGAAGAGAAAAUCUUAGACAUGGAAGCUGAGAAAAAAAUCAUGCGUCAGCAAACAAUCACAGCUACUCCUGUGAGGACUACUCUUGGACAUCCUCCAACUGCACCUGUUAAGAAUUUGGAAAAUGGCCAUCAAAUAAACUUGGAAAGCGAGUUCAAUGAAGCCGAGUUUUCAACACCAGUUGAUGGCAACGCUGGGAAAACUGCUGCAGAACGUCAAAUUAUGAAUGUCGACGCUCUCAUUGACUGUGUUAAAGACAACAUUGGUUUUAGUAAUGGGAAACCUGUGGCUGCAUUUACUAUAUACAAGUGUCUUCUUCACUGGAAAUGCUUCGAAUCCGAGAAGACCAAUGUGUUUGAUCGUCUGAUUCAGAUGAUUGGUUCCGCUAUUGAGAACGAAGAUGACAAUAGUCACUUGGCGUAUUGGUUGACAAGUACAUCGGCACUUUUGUUUUUGCUUCAAAAAAGUCUUAAAACCGGUGGCGCCGGAGCAACACAAAGCAAGAAGCCACCUGCUUCAACUUCUUUGUUUGGAAGAAUGGCUAUGAGCUUCCGCUCAUCACCCGCUUCAGGCAACCUUGCUGCUGCAGCUGAAGCUGCUGCACUCGCAGUGAUACGCCCUGUGGAGGCAAAGUACCCUGCUCUGCUUUUCAAGCAACAGCUUGCAGCCUAUGUCGAGAAGAUGUUUGGGAUGGUUAGGGAUAACUUGAAGAAAGAGCUAUCAACUUUACUUUCUCUGUGCAUUCAGGUUCCUUUAGUACUCAUCCAGAAGAUAUACUCUCAAACAUUCUCUUACAUCAACGUACAACUUUUCAACAGCCUCCUUCUGCGUAAAGAGUGCUGUACAUUUAGCAAUGGUGAAUUCGUAAAAUCCGGACUUGCUGAGCUAGAGCUAUGGUGUUGUCAAGCCAAAGAAUAUGCUGGGCCAUCUUGGGAAGAACUGAAACAUAUCAGACAAGCCGUUGGGUUCUUGGUUAUUCACCAGAAAUACAGAAUCUCAUACGAUGAAAUAGCAAACGAUCUUUGCCCGGUCCUCAGUGUCCAGCAGCUUUACCGUAUUUGCACAUUAUAUUGGGACGAUAGCUAUAACACCCGAAGCGUCUCACAAGAAGUGAUAUCGAGUAUGCGGGCACUUAUGACAGAGGAAUCCAAUGAUGCAGACAGUGAUUCCUUCUUGUUAGAUGAUGAUUCCAGCAUUCCUUUCUCAAUCGAUGAUAUUUCAAGUUCGAUGCAAGAGAAGGACUUUGUAGGAAUCAAACCAGCAGAAGAGCUUCUUGAAAAUCCGGCUUUCGUAUUCUUGCACUAAGAAGUUGCUGCAAGUUGAGAAGCUCAGAUUCUCUUAAAAGCUAUUCCUCUCUUGACCUUUUUUAGUUUGAGGUCGAGAAGGGGUCUUCUUGAACCAAAAGGAAAGAAGAUUGGGAAAAAGUGUAAAUUCUUCUUUGUUGUGGGGGCUGUUUUGAAAGUAUACCUAUGUAAUUCUCAACUAUUCAUUCAUUUAUUAUUUUUGACCUCAGAUUUUUUUUAUUUUUAUAAGCUUUAGACCGACGAUUAUAUAUGUUGCAAAGUUGGCAAAUUCCUUUGUUGUUUUGUUGUACAAAGUUUUUAACAACAGUACAUGCUCCAUUAUAUAUGACUUAUGAAGUGGUUAUUGUUUUGAACAUAAGACGCUUGUCUUGGC